CCGGAAGUUUACCCGUUUCCAUGGCAACGGCUCCACGGGGGCCACAACCCGUUAGCUGUAGUUGGGAAGCUGGAAAGCACCUCGGAGGAGAGGGUAGCAGCGGAGGGCGGCCGCCGCCAGAGCGACUUGCGGGGAGUAGCAGUCGAAGACGGCGGCCGCCUCACUGGUCAUCGCGUUUGGAGGACAAACGACCGACACGGUCAACGCGGUGGCCAGUUAAGGGAAAGAGUUAGUGAAGACAGGGAAAGAAUCCGUGAAGGCGGCGGCCACCUCUGCAGGGGCUCUACGGGUAGCAUAAGUGAAUACAUCGGCUUCUCCCGCAGUGACUCGAGAAAGGUCAACGGAGACCUGGGCAAUGUCUCUUGGGAAAGACUUAGGGGAGAUGGCGGCCGCUGUCACAGCACCUCCUGGAAGAGAUUAAGAAGAGACCGCGGCUUCAGCAGCAGCGACGUAAAUUUAAGUGAAGUCGGCAGCCACCAAACUAGUGACUGUGAGGGACCCGUCCGAGAAGACCGCGGCCUCCGCUUCAGUGAUUCUUGGGAAGGAGUCAGAGAAGUCCCGGGCCCCCAAACCAGCGACUCCGGGGAGAGGGCCAGCGACUACCGCAGCCGCCGCCUCAGUGACUCUUUCGAGGAAGGGACUGUCGAUGGCGGUCACAGCCUCAGUAAUUCCUGGGAGGGAGUAAGUGACGAUCGCGGCUACGCGGCCAGCGACUCCUCUGCGGUGAGCGCCAGCAUAGACGCCAGCCGCUGCCUCAGUGGCUUCUGGGAGAGAGAAAGUAUAGACGAGGGUUCCAGCUGCGGGAGCUCCUGGGAGAGAACCAGGGAGGACGGCGGCCCUGGUCCGAGCGACGACGAAGGGGGUAGCCACUGCAGUGGCUCCUGGGUGACAGCAAGUGAAGAUCGCGGUAGCAGCAGGAGCUUGGACUCGAUUGCCUCCCGAGGCGCGCGGGAUCGCACCAUGCCUGGGGUGUCAGAUUCAGGCCCCUCCAUCUCCUCUAGGGAGACUGCAACCCCAUGAGGACAAAUAAAUACUGAGCAAUGACUAGUGUGAUGAAUAUUAUAAAGAAGAGUACAGUGUCUUUGGCUUCAGAAUGGGGUGAGGGUAGGUAUCAGAUUUUAAAGUGU